CUCGAAAAUUGGUCAUUUAUUCUGCGUUUAUCUGUCUAGGAUGAUCGUUGCUUCUGGGAAAGCUGUAUACCUCGGCUCCUUCUACUAUGUCUUAUUCUGUUCAGCUCUACCGUUUCGUGUGAUCAGCUUGGACUGGAUGAAUGUGGCUAGUAUCCUUGUAGGAGAAGCUGUUAUUUCCAUGGCCAUGUUUCGGUCUGCUAUCGUGUGGCAAUGCACUGAGCUGGAUGUGGUAAAUGGGAAAUCCCAUGCACGACGAUGCCAUUUCCAGUCGCCGCAUCAAUCAUGCAUUCGCUUCGCUGACUCUUGAACCAAGGGUCUGCGAAGAA